AUGUCUAAACAAUACUUGACGACGCACACGAUCGAUAAUGCCCACAAAACCGACAUCUUCUCUCUCGCCGUCACGCCCACCUCCAUCCUCUCCGCCUCGGGCACAUCAACCCUCAAAAUCCACAGCACGCUCACCACACCCCCCUCCCUCACUCAAUCACUACCCGCGCAUAAACUCGGCUGCCACCACAUCUGCACCUCGCGAUCUGGAACCGUCGCUGCAUCCGCCGGAUUCGAUGGUACAGUGAGUAUUUGGACCAAUAGCGAGUCUAAGAGCGAAAACGCCGCGGAAGAAUGGUCGCAUCAUGGUUAUGUUCUCGAUGGUAAUAAACCAGGGGAGAUAUGGGCGCUGGCUUUAAGUGCAGAUGGACAAUUUCUUGCGGGCACAAAUGUAGAUGGGAAGAUUGGGGUGUGGGAUUUAUUACAGGUGGGUGAAGAGGGGAAAGGAGAGAAUGCGGGAAAGAAAAGUGUAGGCAAGAAAAUUCGCGAGUAUGAGACUAAGGGGAGUUUUGGGUUAUGUGUGGAUAUUAGUGCGGAUGGAAGGUUUACGGCUAGUGGGCAUGAGAAUGGGGGUGUUUAUGUUUUUAAUAAUGAUACCGGGAGGAUGGUACAUAGUUUACCUGGUCUCGUCCAACCAAUCCGCACCAUUGCCUUCUCACCCCUAUCUACGUAUCUCGCAGCCGCUGGAGACUCCGCAACUAUAGCCCUCUACUCCGUUGCCCAUGGCGAACAAGUCGCUAACAUGACCGGCCACACUGCAUGGAUUUUCAGCAUAGACUGGAGUUUUACAGGUGAGUACCUGGCUAGCGGUGCAUGGGAUGGUAAAGUAAAGGUAUGGAGUGUAGAGGGUAGAAAUUGUGUAGCUACGCACAGUGAGACGGAUAAAGCGCUUUGGGCCGUGAAAUGGUUGCCAAAAGUACAGGGCAGGAGCGAGGCGUUUGUUACAGGGGGAGCAAAUGGAAGUUUGAGUUUCUAUAGGGAAGCUACUGGUGGUUGA